AUGUCCGAUCCAACUCCCACUGGCAAAAAAUCCCACCACAAGCACAAACACUCCCGCUCGCACCGCACCCACCGCUCAACCCUCUCCCUCCAAAAAACCGAAAUUAUCAUCAACGUCUACGACCUCCUGCCCCCCGGCCGCCUCUCCUCCGUCCUCUGGACCCUCGGCACAUCCCUGCUACACUCCGGCGUCGUCAUCAAUGGCAAAGAAUACGCCUACGGGGGGCACAACCGCCCGGGCAUAACCGGCGUGUACUGGACGCGCCCCAAGACGGAGCCGCCCGGCGGCCACUUCCGCUGCGAAAUCCUGCACGGGUUCACGAUCGCAGCGCCGCACGAGAUCGAGCGCAUCAUCCAGGAAGUGUCGGAGGAGUUUCUGGGGCCGUCGUAUAACCUGUUGACCAAGAACUGCAACCAUUUUACGUCGUACCUCUGUCAGAAGCUGACGGGUCGCCCGGGACCGGCGUGGCUGAAUCGCGCGGCGAGUAUUGGCGUCAGGUUUCCAUGCGUCGUGCCUAAGGAGUGGGUGACCGUGCCGGAUUUUGAGACGGCUGAGGGGGAGCUGGUUGAUGAAGAUGAGGAGGAAGGGUAUGGGUAUGGGGUCGGCGGGCAUGGGGGCGACGAGCGGUCUAAGAUGCUGAGGUCGUCGGAUGAGGUGCCGAGGCUUGUUGGGCAGAAGCCGGCGGGACCGACAGAGCAGUUUGAGCUAGGGAGUGAAGAGGAUGAGAGGAGUGGCAGGGUAAGGGCCCCGGCUGUCAGGGACGCCGAGGGAAGGGCACUACCCCCUGCUGAGAGGGCGCCGACUUUGUGA